AUGAGGGUCAUUAAAGGAGAGUACGAACAUGUGGAAAAUGAAGUUUUGCAUAUUGGCAAUGGCGAAAAGAAAUUCUUUACAACAAAAAAAAUAGCCAUUUUAGUCCUUGCAGCUCUACUUUUCGGGUUGGCCACACCAUUCACUGGAUUCCUAACAAAACCAGCACCACCAUCUCCUCCUAGUUCGGACGAACCUUUAUGUCCAAUUCCAAGUAAGAUUCCUAUUAAAGAGAGUGAAAAAGUUCAAUUUGUUCUGAACGAUAAAAAGUUCCAAGAAGGUGUCAUUGCUAGGUUCUCAAAGGCCUUACAAAUUGACACCAUUGUGUACGACAAAACAACUAACUACACAAAGAUGGCCAAUUUUCAUGAGUAUUUAGAAAAAACGUACCCAAACGUUUAUGAAGCUGCAGAGGUUAACAAGGUCAACGAGUAUGGGUUAGUGUUUUAUUUUGAAGGUUCAAACAAGGAUCUCAAACCUAUCAUGUUAGCUGCACAUAUGGAUACUGUCCCAAUUGGCAAUCCUGACGACUGGUCUGAAGACCCAUUGUCAGGCAGCUUCGAUGGUACUUAUUUCCAUGCAAGAGGUGCCUUUGAUUGCAAGAACUUACUCAUUGGACUAAUGGAAGCAACAGAAUUGCUUAUCCAGGAUGGGAAAACCUCCUUCGAGAGGGGAGUUAUUCUAGCAUUUGGUUUUGAUGAAGAAAAAAGUGGUUGGGAUGGUGCAUACCAUAUUGGUCAGUUUUUAGUCGAUAAGUUCGGUCCUAACUCUAUUGAGUCUAUCGUCGACGAGGGUCCGGUUAUGUUUUCCGAAAUCAUGGGCGAUUAUUACUCCUUGAUUAUCAAUGGUGAAAAGGGAUAUGCUGACAUCAAAGUUGAAAUCACCACGCCUGGUGGUCACUCGUCUAUUCCAAGAGACCACACCUCUAUUGGUAUGCUGUCCAAACUGUUAUCUGAUUAUGAAGAAGAUCAAUACAAACCUGUGCUUGUUCCUGAAAAUCCAAUGAUGGGAUUUUUCCAAUGUGUUGGGGAGCACGGACGUUUACCUCCAAAUAUUGCAGAUGCUGCUAGAAAAAUUGGUUUUGAUGAUGGCUCUAAAGAAAUCAUCAUUGACUAUUUCGGUAAGAGCCCGCUCAUAAAGUACAAUUUUCAAACUUCGCAGGCAAUUGACAUCAUUAAUGGUGGUGACAAAUCCAAUGCAUUGCCAAGAUCUGUCAGUGCAGUUGUAAACCACAGGAUCAGUUAUGGUAACGAUUUCGACGAUAUUUGGGCAAAAUUCACUAAGCAUGGUAAGGUUGCUGCUGAAAGGUACAACGUUGGAUUAUCUGUCAACGGAAGGGAAAUUUUGCCAGCUAGCGACGAUGGCAAUAUCGUCAUCUCGUUCUACAGUGACGGUCUUUCUCCAGCCAAGAAAUCUCCAGACAAUGAUGAUUUCUGGUUUGAGUUCACCGGUAUCAUCAAGUCUUUCUAUGAGGACGAAGUUUUCCCUGAUAAAAUGUUAAAAGGAGACAAGAAAUUCAUUGUUACUCCUGGCAUCAUGUCCGGUAAUACUGAUACCAGACACUACUGGGAUUUGACUGAUAGAAUCUUCCGGGUACAGCCUGGAUCCAUCGAUAUGUUUAGUUCCAAUGUUCACGGACAAGACGAAAGAGUUGACCUGCACACACAUCUCGAGUCUAUUUCUUUCUACUAUAACUAUAUCUCACACUUUGCAAAUCUAUAG